GAGCUUGAUAUAAUUUCGUCGUAAACUAAAGAAUUUCAAAGUUGUACAUGAGUUGCAUCUACUUCACAUUGUAGCAGAAGAAUCAACUUAGACAUCCGGUUAGGGGAUGAACAAGGCGUCAAAAUGAAGAAGCUCACGCGACCGGGAAAAAACCGCUGAUUGCGAAUCUUAAAAGACGCACCCGCCGCUGCCCAUGGUGACGCUUUUUUCCAAGCCCGAGCGGCGCGCGCGGGCCGACUGGUUCCUGUUUGACGGGGCCGAAGCCGCGCUGCCGGCCAGCACCCGGCGAAUGCUGCGGCAGGAACGGCGACGGGCGUCCCAUCUCCAAGGUGAACUGUACUUGUCGUCAGUGUCACCAGCGAUCGACGAAACAAGUACCACCACGGCCGCCGCGACGCCAAGGUUGCGGCGCGUCGUGCUGCAGCGGUUUGCUGCGAAAGUCGAGCGCCAGGAAGACCGGGCGUUGUUUUGCGGUGCGGAUUUCGAUUCGACGGAGGAGAGUUCUUGUGCUGACGGGGGUCGUGGUGGAGACCAAGACCAAUGCUUCCAGGCCGAGGUCGCACAAGGAGAGGAGAUGGAGAUCGAGCGAGUCGUCAGCGCGGAAGCAGGAGAAGUAGAGGGUUAUAAUUCUUGCUGGAUCAGCCUACUUGAUGGACUUUUGAACGGGAGCAGCAGGUGCACGUCCAUCAAGUCGCCAACCUCUUCUUCUUCCAGAACAGUGAAAAAAAACGUCAUUUCGGUCCUCACACAGAAACCUAUCGAGGAGGAGAUUGAGAAAAUUUCGUUGCCCAUGUUCCUCGUGCCCGCAAUUCUUUCCUCGUCCUAUUUUCUCUACGGGAAACUGCUCUUCGGCGCCAAAGCCAGUGGAGGUAUAGAUACGUUGGGUUUGCUUGUUGACGAUGUUUUGGUUCUUCUCUUUUUGCGCUUACUAGAGCAGUCUCUCUUCGUCCCCAAUUCAUUUUUUGUAGAAUAUUUUUUCCCUCAUCUUAUCCUCGUCGUCCCUACAGCUUCACUCCUGAUGACGCCGCCCCCAGCGCCGGCAAGCGGGCGUAUCCAACAGAAAAAUGCUGGCACAGUAGUUUCAUAGGCAUGCAAAGCUCUGUAAUUGUGACGUCCGAGUCGUCUGCAUUCUACAAGAUUGACAUGCCACUGCCGCAAGAAGAGCGACACCCUUCCGGCGAUUUUGUCAUGUCAACAACAUCACAAAUAGAGUGCGCAACCAAAUAUAUUAAGUUCGCUAGUUCAUACUUUUUUUCUGUACGAUAGUCCAAGCCUCCGUUGCGGAAACCAUCACGGAGAGUCUGUUUCCCGCCUUCAAGCACGACACGUUUCUGAAGCGCAUUUGCAUCUUGCAGCUCCUGGAGUACGCUGGGUCGCUGUUUCUUACGAUGGGUUCCAACGCGGCCAACUCCCCCGCGGCGCAGCUGAUGGGCACGAACUUCGCCCUGAGUCCGAAUACCUGCUCGCUGUACCUGCUCGGCGCCUCCUGGGGCCCCUCGAUCGCCACAGGGCAGAUCUGGCGGCUGCUGACGCCCAUGAUGCUGCACGCAAACGGACUGCACAUUUUCUUUAACCUCUUCUUCCAGAGCCGCGUUGGGUUCGGCAUCGAGCAGCAACUGGGCACGAAGAAGUACUUCUAGAGUUGAUUUUUAUUGUUGAAUUAUUUUCAACAAUUUGUAUUUGAUCCAAGCGGGACGACGGGAAGAUGGCACCUCCGACAAAGUAACAGAAUGAAAAUGUUCAACAAAGUCUGUGCAUUCAUUUUCAACAAGCACAAAAACCAAGAAUGUAUUCGGAAUAAUGAACAACUACAGGCUAUUCGUAUCGACAAAAAAAAAAUCAAAAAAGGUUCAUGAUUCUCUACCUCUUCUGUGGCUACUUCGGCAACCUGGUGUCUAUUUUGGUGGACCCCUACAAGCUCGCGGUGGGGGCGUCUACGUCCGCCUUCGGUUUGCUCGGCGUCUGGUUCUCGGAGGUGCACUUGACCUGGCACUUGCUGUCCGAAGAGUCGAAGGGACGACUGUCCUUCUGGUUCGGCGGGAUGCUGUUGGCCCUCGUGGUGAUGAGCAACCUGGCGCCGCACCUGGACAUGUGGGGCCACGUGGGCGGGCUGCUGGGCGGGUACUUGAUGUCGUUGUGUCUGGCGGACAUGAGCCCGGAGCACCGCCCGGUCUGGUACGAAACCGGGAAAAAGCUGGCGAAGAUGACUUUGUCGUGGUUCUGUCUGCUGGGAACGGGGAAGGUGGUUUUCAUGAACCCAACGGUGCCGAUCCCGAACUGCGGGACUUUGUUGCACCCGAAAAACAUCCUCAUGUAAUUUUUUGAAUGACAGGAGGAGACUGAUACACGCACUACAGCACCGUCCUGCUUUGUGCGAAGCCGUACCAUGACACACCAGUACUAACAACCAAUACAACUAAACCGUCUCUGUUGUUUGUCCACCGAGUAGAUGAGCUUUUCAACAUUACAAUUUGUGAGCAAAGCGGAAAAUGACCAAGAUUCCGCCCGUAUUUUCCUUAUUUCUGCAGAGCUAGAAGAGCGAGCUUUUGUUUGUUGUUUCUGCAUCCCAAGAUGAAAAAGAUGAUAAUUUUGCAGAGGUUUUCUGAUCAAUCAGCUUACAAUCUUACCCCUUGCUAAUUUCGAUUUUGUUUGAUACUGCUGAAGCAGAUACAAGAGCGAAUACUUUAUUUGCCAGCGGAACAAUAAUCACGUUCCUUGCUCCAGGUUCAGGAGCAAUAGUACCAAGUAGAAAUAACUUCGCAACUUUAGUCAGGCAGAGGUGAAGCGAUAGAACGGACCGAAGAAGCGGCGACCGGACGGAACUUGUCGCUGAUCGAUAAGACCACGAACUAACUUCCUAAUCGCGCGGAAAAGAUGUUUCAUUAAGGAGUUAGGAACGAUUUUGUGAUGCAAGUGAAUUUGCUACUGCCUGCAUUCUCGUUUCAAUA